AUAAAGAUAUAUUUACAUAAUAUAUAUAUAAAAAUGGACAAGUGGGGAAGUGAAAAAAAUGAAAGGCUUGGCUUAAAUAUCUGAUGCAAAAGAAAUAAAUGGACCAUGUCAAAACGUAAGAAAAGGGUUCAUUUUUUUUUCUUUUGGUGUUACUUUUUUGUAAAACAGCUUUCAAUGUUACUAUUAUUAGCUAUAACAGUUACAACAUAGAAUGUUUUGGCAGUUAGGCUUGUUUUUUUUUUUUUUCUUUGUUUUUUCCAAUGCCAUCAAAACUUUUGUUCAUCACCAUCAUCACAACCCUUCUUCUUCUCUUUUCUUCAAAGCUUUUGUUUUUUUUUUUUCACUCAUUUCUCUCCUCAGUUUCAGCACCAUAAGCAACAGUGUACGGCCACUACCACUACAACCAUUGCCAAUGGCAAUGGCAAUGGCAAUGGCACAACCUCAUCAACAUUAUCAUAUGAUUAGGCUAAUGUUUUUCUUACAUUUCUUUUUCCUUGUUGUUUUCGCCUAUUCGGAAAUCGACCCUCUUUUAACAUUCAAGGAAUCUUUACAUUUAGAGAACAAUUCCAAAUUUUUGGCCACUUGGAGUGCCUCAACCGCGCCCUGCUCGGGGCGCGAUGCUAAUUGGGAAGGCAUUCUUUGUAGCCAACAUGGUAAUGUAUGGGGUUUGAAGCUUGAGAAUAUGGGACUAAAGGGUGUUAUUGAUGUUAAUGCUCUUAAACAAUUGGUUGAUUUGAGAACCAUUAGUUUUAUGAACAAUGGUUUUGAUGGACCAAUGCCUAAUCUUGGUGAACUUAGUGCUCUUAAAUCAGUUUACUUAUCUAAUAAUCAUUUCUUUGGUGAGAUUGACUCUGUUAUGUUCUCAAAAAUGCUUUCUUUGAAAAAAGCAGAUCUUUCUAACAAUCAUUUUGUGGGUGUUAUUCCUUCUGGAUUGACACUUUUGCCUAAGCUUGUUUUGCUUAGGCUUGAGGGUAAUCAUUUUCAAGGCCAAAUACCACUUUUCCCAAACAUCAAAUGGGCUUCUUUUAAUGUCUCUAAUAAUGAAUUGAGUGGUGAAAUCCCACCAACACUUAGUAAUUUGGAUCCAUCCUCAUUUCAAGGGAAUGAUGAUUUAUGUGGGCAACCUUUGAAACCAUGUGGUUUUGGAAAACCAUCAUUACUAAGCAUAGUGGUGGUAAUUGUAGUGGUUGUAAUUGCACUAGCUGCAAUAGUUCUUGUCAUUAUCAUCCUAAGCCGGCGCAGCAACAGCAUCAGCCGUCGUGAGCCAGCUACCUCUAUAGAGGCCCCGCCUUCGCCUGCACCAAUAUCAGUGCAGGCGAAAGCAGGGCCUAGUAAUAGUUUAAAUGCUUGUGUGGAAGAUCAAGCAGGCGGCGAUGAACUGCAUCAGAGUUCAUCGCCGCUUGGAAGUAGCGCGAGUAGCAAGAAGAAAGUAGCAGACAAGUUUAAGGUGACAUUUGUGAGAGAUGAUAGGGAGAAGUUUGACAUGCAAGACUUGCUUAGAGCUUCGGCGGAGAUGUUGGGUGGCGGGCAAUUCGGUUCUGCCUAUAAGGCUGCUCUGUUGAGUGGUCCUGUUAUGGUUGUGAAGAGGUUUAAGCAAAUGAACAAUGUAGGAAGAGAGGAGUUUCAACAACAUAUGAGGAGAUUAGGAAGGUUGAGACACCCUAAUUUGCUUCCUCUUGUGGCUUAUUACUAUAACAAGGAUGAAAAGCUCUUGCUUUUUGACUACAUUGACAAUACUACAACCUUGGCUUUUCACCUUCAAGUUGAUCAUCGUCCACUUGAUUGGAAAACGCGGUUAAAGAUUGUAAAAGGGAUAGCUAGAGGCAUUUUACAUCUCCACAACGAGCUUCCAAGCCUAAUCUCGAGUCACGGACACCUCAACACCUCAAACAUUCUUCUCAAAGAAGAUUUUGAGCCAAUACUUUGUGACUAUGGCCUAAUCCCAUUGAUGAAUCAAGAAGACGCCCAUCAAUUAAUGUCGGCUUACAAAUCGCCAGAGUACCUCCAACACGGGCGAAUCACCAAGAAAACAGACGUGUGGAGCCUCGGCAUAUUGAUACUCCAAAUAGUGACCGGAAGAGAAGAAGUAGAGGAAUUGGUGAAGAGCUCAAAUAUCCCACCGGACGAGUUAGUGAUCGAAAAGCAUGAAGGUUGGGAGGAAGAAGAGAUGGUGAAGCUAUUGAAGAUAGGAAUGAAGUGUUGCGCCGGCGAUUUGGAGAAGAGAUUGGAUAUCAAAGAAGCAAGCGAGAAAAUUGAAGAAUUGAAAGAAGUUGUUAGUACAAGUAGUGAUCAUCAAAAUCACCAUGAGAUUACUACUACUAGUGCUAGAAAUAGUACAGCUAUGCAUGAUUUAAAUGAUGAAGAUUUUUACUCAUCUUGUGCUAGUGAUGUUGAUAUGAGAUCUUCAAGAGCAAUGUCUGAUGAAUUUAUCAAUAUCAACUUCAAAGGUUGAAUUUUUCCUCAUAUACAUUACUCACAUUGUACACACAUGACAUGUAUUUAUAAGUAACACUAUAUAUAUGUGCCAACAAACGUUUCUUUUAGAUAAUAGAAAUGCUUAAGUCUUCA